AUGUUCUCAAAAUGUAGAACUGACGCGUUUAGGAAGAUGUCUAUGAAAUGUUUCGCCCUUAGUUAUAAUAUAAAAAAGGAAGAAAGAUUGUUGGAGAUGCACAAGUCCAAUUUCGUAGAAAACGGCACUAAUAUUAAUUUUCGUUCAUCAGUGAAGGCGAGCGAAGCAAACUCCACAGAAAGUCUGAAGUCCGGCUUUAGCCGGACGUUCAGACUGGUCCUUGUUGCAGCGAUGCUUGUUGGAAAAGUUUUUGCUGACUUUUCACCUGAUUUCUCGGCUUAUCUCGCGAGUUAUUACGGACCUUCAGUGAAAGACCAGAUGGAGAGACGAGAUCUCCAAGGAAGAGGAUCGUUUGGUGGGAAAGCUGACCGGUCAGAGAGAUUGAAAAACCAACCGAUUGUUUUUGUGCACGGUGUCUCGGACACUGCAGGAGAGAAGAUGAGACAAGCUGCUAACUGGUUCAAAGGUAGAGGGUAUAAAGACAGUGAACUCUAUUCCACGACAUACUUUAACGGAGCACAAGGGAAUCCGCUGAAAUGGGUGGAGUACGGAAUGCGAUGCGAGUACGUGAAGCAGGUUCGUGCGCUAAUCGUCGCCACGCGACUGUACACCGGUCGAGCAGUUGACGUGAUUGCAUUUUCGUUGGGUGUUCCAGUGUCGAGGAAGGCCAUUCUUGGAGGUCGAUGUGUCGACUCCGGUGAAUACCUUGGUGGUCCUCUCACAAAGUACAUCGACACGUUCGUCGGCGUCGCCGGACCAAAUCAUGGAAUUAGCCUCCAAGUAGGAGGUGUUUCCAUUCCUGGGUGCGUAUUCAGCGUAAUCCCGGUCUGCAAUUCGGUGACUGGUCUCUACUCAGGAUUUUGUCCCAGUGAAAGCGAAUUCUUGCAGGACAUCAACAAGCAAGUUGGAUAUGAGGGUAGUCACAUCUUCUCGAUCUAUUCGAAAAAAGACCAGAUCGUUGGCCACAUUGUAUGCAAUAGGGUAACGUCACAAAUCGCAGGACAGAUGGGAGAAAAAGUUUACGAAAACCUUAACCACGAUAAUACGUUCCAUACCUCUCACGAAGUACAAUUAGCGAUGAUUCAAAAUCAUAUUGUUGUUUGA